AUGGCCCACCUCCUGCGAGAGGAGUGUGAUGAGCCAUCCCCAGUCCUCUUCCAAGAUGAGGACAGUGAGCCUGAGGUCGAGAUCAAUGAUGAUGGUUUGAACAAUGGUUUGAACCUUUUGAGAACAGAGGAGGAUGAAGUUGAGGCUGACAAUCCACAGCCACAACCACAGUUGUUUGGCGACGAGCCAGAUGAAAGUGAUGUAGAUUCCCAGCCCGGCACAGACUCUUCAGCAUAUGAGGGUGACUAUGAUGAAGUGGACGAGGGCCAUCGAUCACUUGUUGACUUGUCUUUCAAGACAAUGUCAAACAGAAUUGUGUCAGAUGCUUCUGAGACACCAUCAGAACCUUCCAAAAAAAAGAGAUGUUACAAUAAUUCAAAACGAGCAGCAGCUGCAGCCGAAGCCAAGAAACUGAAAGAGCAAAAGGCACAACAAAAAGAGGAGCGACUGGAACCUUUGCUGCGUGGCCGUUGCCGAUGCCGAGAUGGUGAAUGCUUUGCUCAGUUCAAACUGCAGGAGUGCAAAGCAUUCCUAGACCAGUUCGAGAAAUGCAACAAACGUGAACAGGACACAAUCUUGUUUUUGGCCUGCUUUGAUGAACAAGAUGACCAGAAAGCGCUAGGGGCACUCCCAGAUGGUCGGAAAGAAUACAAGUUUGUGCGGAUUGGACGUGCAAAAGGGCCAAAGCAAAAGGUCAAGUCUGUUGAGGAUGAGAAUUCAGAUGCUUGGGAAGGUGAAAUGCCAUUCAGGGAAGUGAAAGGAAAGUUGCAGCAGAGUUGGCGAGACCUUGCUAACAUCUUCCAGGACCUUCUGGGUGGAACCCCGCAAAGCACCAGGGCAGACAUUUUGCAGGAGCUUGUGACGAAAUACAACUCGUUCAAAGCCACAGCUGCCUUGCGUCGAUGGCAGAUUACUCCCGACCAAGCCAACGCAAUGGUUGGUGUGAUCAUAGGUUACAAUGAGAACCUUCUACGCCAGAAGCGCCAUCAAUUGAACGAGUGCAGCAAGGGUGCUAUUGGAGUCUGGCAACACAUCUUGACAGCAACAUGGGUGUGA